AUGCCGAUGAGUAUCGAGGCGCUUGAGGCGCCAAACAUCACAACCACAAAUACUUGUAACGAAACUGCCGAAACUCAAAUAUUCCUCUGGCCCCAUGGCACAUUGAGACCUUACUAUGUCCACCGGUGUAUUUACUCUAGCGUUCUUGGACCCACAUCCAACACCAGGCAACCAAAACUUUCAUCAUUCCCGAUUGACAAACGCAUACUUCGAGUAUCCAUUGAUCGAAGAAAAGAGUUUGAAAGAAGACGAUAUUCAGAGCAGCAACUUUUCCGAAAAUUUCGUGGUUCUCCUUAUUUAUGUUGCCCCACCCCCAGCAGGUCUGGGGGAUAUAGUUUGGAAUCAAUUGUUUCUCCGGAGUUCCAACUCCAACAUCAUUGCGGGUCACCCCAGUUGA